AUGGGACGCCCACCCGCAUACAUCUUUGUCGUCAGACACGGAGCUCGACUCGACCAGGCUGACAAGAAGUGGCACCUGUCCUCGCCAACACCCUACGAUCCUCCUCUGACCUACGGCGGCUGGCUGCAGGCGCAGGCCGCCGGUGCCAGGAUCGCUGCCAUCCUCCGGCAGGCGCAAGAAGACGCCGGCAACGACUCUCCGACAGCUCCGAGCAACAAGAGGAAGUUCAAGAUUGUUUGCCACAGCUCGCCCUUUCUACGGUGCAUACAAACAUCCGUCGCCAUCAGCGCCGGACUGGCCCAUGCCGCACCCCAAGCCUCAGCCACAACACCCUAUCAUCUCUCCAGUACAGCCCCUGAGAAGGUCAAUCCGCUGUCGGCCGACCCCAGCGUGCAGCCACUGUCAGGCGUCAUCCAAAAGACGCCCAUCCGAGUCGAUGCCUUCCUCGGAGAAUGGCUGAACCCCGAAUACUUUGAGGCCAUUGCUCGCCCGCCGAGCUCGCAACACAUGCUCGGCACCGCCAAGGUCGCGCUCCUCCGACAUGAGACCAUCAGCGCCUACGAGAGCUCUCGUCCCCAUGCAAGCUCCAUGACCUCACUGUCUCAUGGCCAGCUCUGGAGCAGCCCCAAAAUGUCAGCUGCGAAUGAACGGGCGAGCUCAGUAGACUCCAACUCGCCCUUGGGUCUCGAUGGCCUGCCCGCCAUGGCCAGCGCCCUGCCGAGGAAUCGCGCCGGUAGUGCGAACAGCGCCUCGAGCACCAGACGGUCUACCAGUCCCGACGACGGAUAUGUAGCGCCGACGCCCAAUUAUGCCAUAUCCACCAGCGGAAAGAUCCCCGACGGCUACGUCGCGCACGCCCGCGACGCCUGCGCCGUCGCUGAUUAUCAGUGGGACUCGAUGCAAGAGCCUCUAAACUGGGGUGACGGUGGUGUGUUUGGCGAAGAAUGGAUCUCCAUGCACCGGCGGUUCAGGGCUGGGUUUCAGAAGCUCGUAGACUGGUAUGCGACGGCCAAGAGCCCGGCCGAACUCGUGACUAAGACCGUACGGCUCGGUGCAACCACAACACCCCAUGCGCCUGUCUUUGACGAUGCCGACGAUGACGCAGAGGCUGUAGUCAUUCUCGUCUCACACGGCGCAGGGUGUAAUGCCAUGAUCGGCGCCAUCACGCGCCAGCCGGUCCUCAUGGAUGUCGGCGUGGCCACCGUGACGAUGGCUGCGCGAAAGGACAACGUCGACGGCGACGCCCCUAUGGUUCCAUUCAGCGAUCCCAGCGCGCCGAUGGUGCCGGGCAAGAUCCCGAUUGACCAGUACUAUGACCUGAAGAUCCAGGCGAGCAAUGAUCAUCUGCGUAACAUGUCCUCUACUGGCGGUGGCCUGUCGCGCGCGGCAUCCACCUCCUCGGCCCAUGUUCACACGCCACAUCCUCAGGCCAGAGGCCGCGUUUCGACCAUGUCCUCCGCGACGGGAUUGGGGUUUCACGACUUUGAUCUCGGCGGCUCCAGGAGCAAUUCGGCUAACGCCAACCUCGCGAGCAUGCGGCGCACAUCUUACACAACGUCACCCAUGCCUCGGGGCAUCGCGCUGAAUACGACCGGUAUCACUGUCGGCAGCGGCGCCACAACCUUUAGCCAACCUGUGUCGACGGGUCUCUGGUCGCCCUCGAGUCCUGUCGUCAGGCGCAGCGAAAGCGACGACGACGACCUCUUUCCCGACUUUGAUGGCCGGCGAUUCGCGGCGCCCAAGGCGCCGAGCCCAGAACUGAUCUCCCCGUCAAGCAGCCAUCCGCUGCAGAACAUCAGAGAGGAGCAGCCAAGGACCGUUCGGUCUCCCCACAGGCUGCAGGAGAUCUCCAGGCCGCCGUCGAGGGACGGAGACGACAGGAUGGAAGAGACGGUUCAGGCGGUGCCGGUUGCCAGCACGGGGGCUAGGGGUCUGUGGGGCGCGUGA